UCCCUUGUACACAUGUCCGCGUCAUGGCUGCGAUAACGAAGAGUUUGAGUUCUGUUAAAGGCAAGGUAGUACUUGUCACAGGAGCGAGUUCUGGUAUUGGUGCGGGGACAGCAUUACUUCUGGCAGACUACGGAGCUAGGUUGUCUAUCACGGGGCGUAACCAUGACAACCUACAGAAAGUAGCCAGUCAGUGCUACGAACGAGGCCUUGGUAAAGACGAUGUUGUGACCACCAUAUGUGACCUGACCAAAGAUGGAAGUAAUGAGCUCCUGGUGGACGGAACUCUGAAGCACUUCGGACAGCUGGACUGUCUGGUAAACAAUGCCGGUGGCGCUCAAUAUGGAGACACCAUUGACGUUCCUCUUCCAGUCUUUGACGACGUCAUGAGAACCAACAUCAGAGCACCGUUCUAUCUGUGUCAGCUUGCGGUGCCUCAUUUGAAGAAAACUAAAGGGUCAAUCGUCAAUGUAUCCAGCAUCUCCGCACAGAUUGCAUUUCAGGGAUCCACGCCAUAUCGCCUUGCCAAAGCAGGUCUAGAUCACAUGACGAGGAUUUUCGCAGCAGAGUUGGGGCCCUAUGGAGUCCGCGUCAAUGCAGUCAGCCCUGGUGUUAUUUUGUCGGAGUUUCAAACACGUGCUGGCAUGGCAUCUGACAAGUACACCCCGUUCCUGGAAAGACAAGCGGCCCUUCAGCCACUAAGGGGCGCGGGCACACCGGAAGAUGUGGCCAAGGUUAUAAAAUUCCUAUUGUCCGAUGAUGCCAGCUUCGUAACAGGGCAGAUAAUCGCUGUUGAUGGGGGAAGGCUGGUGCAGCCCGCUAAAUAAACAACGAGGUCACGUCAAUCAGUUGUGUUCCCGAGUGUUACGAAUGAGUGAGUGAGUUACGUUUUACGCCGCUUUGUGCAGUAUAUCAGUUAAACUCUGGCGUGUAAGAUUUAAAGAGAUGCAGUUUUAGUCGUUUGCUGGUUAUAAGGAACUGACCACGAACCUUAAGCAGAGUGUUGAUAAGAUGUUUCAACACUAUUACAGAAAUCCAUAUGUCAUAUGUCUUUGGGUCAUUAUGGCAAAUAAAGUUCAUUUGUGGCUUGGCUGUAAAAACAAA